GUUUUUUCUGGUGUCGUAAAACAGAUCCUGUCGUGAAAUCAUCAAUUAAUUUACGAUUGCUUUUUCUCUCUCCGUCAACAAUAACAACUCAACAAGGAGGAGACCGGUAUUUGCGGCUUUGUUGAGGGAAACCAUCAGCAGGUAAACUGGACUUUACAGAUACCCACUCAGACAUGUCUUAUGUCUUUAUCAACGAUUCGUGCCAGACAAACGUCCCGCUGCUGCAAGCCUGUAUCGACGGGGACCUGAACUACUCAAAGCGCCUCCUCGAAAGCGGCUUUGAUCCUAACAUCCGGGAUAACCGCGGCCGUACAGGGCUGCACCUGGCCGCGGCCCGGGGCAAUGUGGAGAUCUGCAGGCUUCUGCACAAGUUCGGGGCUGAUCUGCUUGCCACCGACUACCAGGGCAACACAGCUCUCCACCUCUGUGGCCAUGUGGAUACCAUCCAGUUUCUGGUUACCAAUGGACUCAAAAUUGACAUCUGCAAUCACAAUGGUGCCACCCCCCUGGUGCUGGCGAAGCGCAGGGGAGUGAAUAAGGAUGCAAUCCGCUUACUGGAGGGCCUGGAAGAGCAGGAGGUGAAGGGGUUCAACAGAGGAACCCACUCCAAACUGGAGACCAUGCAGACUGCAGAGAAUGAAAGAUACCUAGAGACCCUCAUAUCCAAUUCUGACGAAACUUGUGCGAUGGAGAGCCACUCCCUGCUCAACCCCAACCUGCAGCACAGCGAAGGCGUUCUCUCCAGCUUCCGCACCACCUGGCAGGAGUUUGUGGAAGACCUGGGCUUCUGGAGAGUGCUGCUGCUCAUCGUGGUCAUCGCCCUCCUGUCCCUCGGCAUCGCCUACUACGUCAGUGGAGUGCUUCCCUUCGUGGAGAACCAGCCUGAAUUAGUGCAUUAGGGGGUGCUUGAAAGGACCAGCUUCUCACAAUUACAACAGCAUUCUUUCAUGUACUUUCUUUGCAGCAGGUAUUAGGAGCCAAUGUGUUGAGCUCACAUUCAGUCUAGGACUCUGACAUGAUGUAUAACUCACAUGGGUUACAAACACUGCAUAAUGAUCACCUCUUAUAUAACUCACACCUCUUAUAGGCUACUCUACACCACUGUGUACUAUGUAGUAUGUUAUAACCAGCGCACAUGUAUAAAACAUGCAGGAAAUCCUCCUAAAAUGUGUAAGUGUGUGUAAAACUCUGAGAAAUACGGUAUGUGGGGUCCUAAUAUCUGCUUCACAGGAGGUUAAUGUAUAGUGAGUGCGGUGACAUUUUACUGCACACAGUCAGGGCAAAUUAACAAAUCUUUAAUAAUAUGCAACUUCUUGUGAGAAUGUUGAUCUAAUAAGGUUAGAACUUUAUUUAAAAGGCUUGGUUAAUAACCCUCAAAAGUAAUCAAGGCGUAUAAAAAAAAUCCUAUCUGUCAUUAGCAUAACUUUCUUACAUGUCCCUUCCAAGUGGAAUUGUAGUGUUGUGGUUGGAAGAACGAGCUACCCUUUAGUAAAAGAGAAGAGAGUAGAAGAGCCUUGGUUCUUUCACAAACUUCCAUGUCAGAAGUGUGAGCCUGACCGUGACCAGGGAUCAGUUCACUGGCCAGAAGCCAAGCUUUUUUUAUCGAGGUUUCAGAACCACAAACAAAAAAAACCCUUUUCCAUUGCACUUCGCCAACAAAACAAUAAUGGCUGGCAGUCAACGUGUUAAAGAUAGAUGGCGUAAUUUUUGUUCAGCAUUGUUAUAGUUUGUGCACGUUUCAGUUAAGCAGUAUGGUAGUGAUACAGCCUGAUCAUUGCAUUCUCAUUUCUGGUAGAUCGUGCAAGCCAGAUGAGGCCUGUCAUUUAUUAGGUAGUGUCUAUAAUCACGAAUUUCAGAUAAAUACCUCUUAAUCCGAUCAGUCCUGAAAUAGGGAUUGGUAGAAUUGGAAAUCACAUUGAUUGCUACUGUUCCAACCAUUUCAAGGGUACUAGUAAAACACCAGGAAUGGCUCAAAUUGCUACAGUUGUCUAAAGACUAGCAUACACAAUAAUUUGUCUUUGUAGCUUACUGCAGUGUAAGGUAGUGUUCUACACUUGUACAUAGACAGUAUUACACUAUAUUACACAUUUGUGUACAUUCCCCACUGUAGCAGUUAUUAUAAAACCUAGCACUUUAGGUAGCGCUGUCAAGCUAGUCAUAUCAACAGUGUCUAGUCUGAUUGUUUCAUGCAUACUACAUGCAGUAUUAAAAUGGGUUAAAUGGGUCAUAACCAACAGUUUAAAACAUAAUAAUAUAACAACAUUCUCAUAAGACCCUUAUUGUUUUGCUAUGAAUAUUUUUGUUUCCCAUACUUUAUUUUUGAAGCAAAUUUUUCUUGUCAUAGUUGAUUUUUUUGGUUUUCAUUUCCUGGGGUACAUAUAAUAAGACCCCACUUGAGCUUUACAGCUGUGUACUAUAGGACACAUAGGAAACGUUGCGGCCAGGUGGAGUCUUAUUACACGUAACACAGGAAGUGAAUGGGGAGUGGAAACACAGGACAUCUACCAACAGUACUGUGUUGUGGGAAGAUAAAGUUGUGAAAACAAUCAAAUCAACAGUGAACCCAUACUCUUGACUCUUGUGAAUGUUGUUUAAUACAAUUGAGUUGUGUUUUAUAGGAGGCUGUGUGGUCCAGUGGUUAAAGCAAAGGGCUUGUAACCAGGAGGUCCUCGGUUCAAAUCCCACCUCAGCCACUGACUCAUUGUGUGACCCUGAGCAAGUCACUUAACCUCCUUGUGCUCCGUCUUUCGGGUGAGACGUAGUUGUAAGUGAAUCUGCAGCUGAUGCAUAGUUCACACACCCUAGUCUCUGUAAGUCGCCUUGGAUAAAGGCGUCUACUAAAUAAACAAUUAAUUAAUAAUUAAUUUAAAAAAAUAAUUUUAAAGCUAUGGUUAACCCAAAAGGUAAUAUAGACUAUUUAAUUAUGUUUGCAUUUUUGUAAAUAACCCAAAACACACUGUGAUUGUUUCAAAUGUAGUUUUGAUUUAGUGUUGCUAGUUGAGUGAGACUUCUGCUCAGAAGAAUUUACAAACUGUAAGUACAGUAAAUGGUCAUUUUAUUUCAGAUCGUUUUAGAAAUCUUUUAUGAAUUUGCGUAUGAUUUUAAAAAAUAUCAGGGCAAUACCAAGUUAAUUUUUUUUUUGUACUUGAUCAGAUUCCCCAAGUAAAAAAAAAAAAGAAAUUCAAUGCUGUCUACUUAACUUGAUGUAGUUGUUGGUGAAUCAUUUUCACUAUGUAUAUAUUUUCAUUAAGCUAAGCACUUUUACUUUUUUGUAUUAUAAAAGAAAAGCAUGCAUAAGCUCAUCCAUUCUUGUGUUUGUGUUUUUGUAGUGAGAUCAUUUCUUUACAUUUUUGCAAUCACACCUACCAGCCUAGAGAAGUAGAUAUGCCUCAUCUUGCAAAUAAGGGUCUUAAGCAGUAGGCAGAGCUAGGGUUGUAACAAUACACUAAGAUCACGGUACCAUACACAUCAUGAUGUGCAGGCCACGGUACAAUUAAAUAUGUAGCACGAUACAUCUGAGAGCUACAUUGGAUGAUGUGUAAUUAGGUAAAACGAUAACGGAUGAUGGAUUCUUUUGUAAAAGACCAAGACCAGACAGGAGGAGCAUAUAUUUAUACCAGCUAUAAAUCGCAGGUAUUCAUUCAUGAACCACGUGGUGGACUGAAAGUAGCUAUGUAGUGUUUUAACUCAUGCAACACGAUACAGACCUCUAAUGUGAUAUGAUAUGAUAUGUAAAGGAAGAUUCGCAAUCCACGUAUGGUGCCUAGUCAGAGCUAGAACCUGCAAGCUGUUUUUACAAUCACAGCCUAGCCUAGAGCGUGGGGGUCUAGACAGAUAAUGUAAUUGGUGGUGGAACAAGGUACUGCUGUUCUUUAAAAACUUUUAUUAAGCAAGCUGUCUGAGUGGGGUAAAGUCGUUUUGCAUUUCUGCAUCUGUCCCAAAGCCUAUUGAAGGCUGGUGUUGGAAGUGCCAGAAAGUCCAGUAGAUUACUAACUUUGCUUACUGUGCAGCCUGAUCUAGGAAAGGGGAUAGAAGUGUGUGCCUAGAGGCCACAUUCUAAAAAGGGCAUGUUCGCACUGGCUUGAUUCUCAAUUCAGUUCCUGUGGUUCAGAACACUGCAUACAUUCGUUUGCUCACAUAAGGUGCAGAAGAUUUAAAUGUGUUGUAGUGCAUUGUGGGUUAUUUUCUUGUGUUCAAAUGGAAUUAGCUACCUUCUAAAUCCCGGUUUGGAUAAAGAUUGAAUUUUUUGUAAUUAUUUUUUUCUGAGAUGUACAAAAAAUAAUAACGCAUCCACUUUAGACACUGCGGUAUACUGGAAUAGAUACACGCCACACCACACACACCCACUUUCAUACAAACCCAGAGUGAACAUGACCAGUCUUUAGUCUAAUACUGUAUAGUUACUGUUAAUAUCUAUGUCUGAACAUUUUCUGAUAUCAAGCAGUACUGUUGCACGUUUAAAUGCUCUGUAAACCUUUCUAGAGCUUAUGAGAGUUGAAGGUUUUUGUUUUGCACAUCAUUGUAAUCCGUAUUUACCCUAAAUGCAUUUACAGUGUUAAUAAGAACAUAGCAGAAUGUCAUAUGUAUGCAUUGCAUUAAUCAAUAAACACUUUUCUCUUGA